UGCUCAUUCAACUCAUCGUUAGUUAGUUAGUUACUCUCACUAACCCCUCAUCUCUUGCAUCUGCUGCCAGCUGCCAGUUGCCCCUCCAUUUCCCAAUAACGUAACCGUUUCUUGGAAUAAACACUAACACAAACACAUCAUCAUUCCCACACCACUCAAUCACUACAAUCCUUUCCUCAAAAAAAUGGCUGACCUGAAUAAUUUCGAGCGCUUCGACGUCGUUUCAGACCAUUCAGACCACCACUUUUCCCAACCAACUGCUAACACUACCAAGAAACAGAAACAGAACCGCAACCCGGAACCAACCAACCACGCUGCCCGAAACUGUUUUACAAACACGGGCAGCAAAGUGUACAAGAACAUAAUGCGAGAAUGGAAGAUCCUCGCUAACGGCCUGCCCGACUCCAUCUACGUCCGCGUCUACGAGAGCCGCAUCGAUCUCAUGAGGGCAGCAAUCGUCGGCGCCGCCGGUACACCCUACCACAAUGGACUCUUCUUCUUCGAUAUUGCUUUCCCGCCAAAUUACCCGUCCCAACCUCCCAAGGUUCACUACCUCUCUUGCGGGUUCAAACUCAACCCGAACCUUUACCAUAACGGCGAAGUGUGCCUCAGCCUCAUCAACACCUGGAUCGGUAAAAAGAGCGAGAAGUGGGACCCAUGCGGUUCAACCGUUUUGCAGCUCCUCGUUUCUCUCCAAGGCCUCGUCCUAAACGACAAGCCGUUUUUCAACGAGGCCGGAUCCGAAAUCUUCGGACGCGCCUUCUUUGAGAAGCAGGCGCGUUCUUAUAACUAUUCCGUUUUCUUACUUAGCUGUAGGACUAUGCUGUUUUGGCUCCAACGACCUCCGCGGAACUUCGAGGAAUUCGUUCACGCGCACUUUCGUGGCAGCGCGUGUCGGAUUCUGCGGGCGUGCCAUGAGUACGUGAAUGGGCGCGUGAGGGUUGGGUGGUACGGUGUGAGCGACGUUGGGGAGAACGGUGACUCUUCCCAUCGGUCGCGUGCGAAGGUCCCGGAGGAAUUCAAGGCAUCGAUGGGGAAGUUGUAUCUUCGGAUGGUUGUGGCGUUUCAACUGAAUGGUUCUUCGUUGUGUUCGGAGCUUUUGGAAUUAGAGAACAGUGAUAAAAAUGGUGGUUCGUCGAAGAAUAAGGGGCAUGGUGACAGAAAGUAUGGGAAGAUUGUCAGGAAGGUGUUGGGGAAGUUUAGGAAGUUUUAUGCUUUGAAGAAGGAUCAAAGUAGAAGAGUCGACGUGUCAAAGUGAUCCCUUCAAGAAGCGUAGCGGUAGUGAGACACUUGACAAGGUAGAGUGGCACUCUUGGGUUUUUUCUGGUCCAUGACGGGAGUUUCUAUAGUUAACUAUGGUGACUUUAUUAUACGCCAAUGUUUCUGUUACUAGCGUCUUUGUGUUUUUGGUCAAGAGAUUUUUUGCUAGCUUGAUCUAUACAGUUUGCACACUUAUAGUAUUAGGGUUGUGUAGGAGAGCUUAUCUCACAAUAAAGGAUUUAGCUAUAACUGGACAUUUGACAGCUCUUUUUUUGUCCAACCAUCAUUUUUAGUUAGGCAACCCCAUCAAUGGACCACAGGUUUGGAAUUCCUUAUUAAUCCAGUUAAUUUCGGCCCACAAUUGCUGUGGGCAGAUUUUAGGUUUUCAAGCACCGAGUUUUAGGCUUGAAGUGGCGUGAAAAGAGCAAUGAACUUCAUGUACCAUGCAUCCUCAAUGAUUUUGAUUUUGAACCUCCAAUCCGUCCAAUCCAUUAGUUGCUUUUAUAUUUAUUUUAAUAUUUUUGAUAUAGAAAUUUUGUUAAAUUCGACCUUCUCCAUCUUAUAUCAGAAUGAAUUAGGCGCUUCUUUUUUAAUCAAAUACUUCUAGGCUCUUUGGAUAUUAACAAAUUACCGUAUUAAAAUGAUUCUCAUAUUAACUGGGGAAAUCAAAUUUACAUUCUUACCGGAUUUGAGAUUGUGUUCUUCCUAGAUGUGUUCAUUAUCUUUCGCUAAC